AUGGCAUUAAGUGCAACGAUGUUAGGUAUUCCUUUGAAAUAUGUCAGUUUAGUCACACUAUGUAUUCAAAAUAGUACUUUAGUAAUAAUAAUGAGGUAUUCUCGACUCGAUAAGGAGCAUUUAUAUUAUACAUCAACGGCCGUAUUUCUAUCCGAGUUUACCAAGCUCAUUAUUUGUCUUUAUAUGGCCGGACGAAAUCAAAUACGUGAGACUGGACGGUUGAGUAUUUCAGAACUUUACACUCAAGUGUUUGCUCCCGACGCAUGGAAAUUAAUGAUCCCGGCAGCUCUCUACACGGUUCAAAAUAAUUUGCAGUAUGUCGCCGUAAGCAUGCUUGACGCGGCAACGUUUCAGGUCACUUAUCAGUUGAAAAUUCUCACAACCGCUUUAUGUUCAGUAAUUAUGCUCCGAACUUCUUUAAGUGGAUUAAAAUGGUCUUCAUUAGUUUUACUCACUUUUGGUGUUGCACUUGUUCAAAUGCCAAGUGAUUCUUCUGGAAGUAAAACAAUUGUUGAUGAUGAUGCUAGCAUGGAAAGAUUUGUGGGUUUAGGAGCUGUAGCCGUAGCCUGCGUAAUUUCUGGUAUCGCUGGUGUAUAUUUCGAAAAAGUUCUCAAAGGUAGCAAGACAUCCGUUUGGAUUCGAAAUGUUCAACUUUCAUUCUUUUCACUCUUCCCCGCUUUAAUCAUGGGGGUUUGGUGGAAAGAUGGAGCAGGAGUUUGGGAAAAUGGAUUCUUUUAUAAUUACAAUUACGUGGUUUUGGCAGCGAUUUCAUGUCAAGCUAUCGGUGGUAUUAUCGUCGCUAUGGUAGUCAAAUAUGCGGAUAACAUUCUUAAAGGAUUUGCCACAUCCAUUUCAAUUAUUCUUAGUUUCCUCGCUUCCGUUUACCUCUUUGAAUUCAUCGUCACCACAACAUUUUUGCUUGGGGCCACACUCGUUUUAAUUGCUACAUAUAUGUAUAGUAAACCUGAUCCACCAAAGAAAGAAUAUAUGGAUGUUAAUAAAUUACCCACGCAAACACUUUCAAAAAAUAAUGAAGAGAAAGAAGAUGAUGGAUAUGAUUCUUCAGUAUCUACAUCAAACAUUCGCAAUAACGAAAAAUUCGAUAAAAAUUUGUAA